GCCAGACAAGGAUUCCAUGCGGGACCCUGCGUGGCGGGAGGGGUGCGCCACGACCGUCGCAAUGGCCUCAUGCCAAACACUGACCUGGCAUCGCUCAUCUUGAAACCCCUGGCUCUAAUCUGGACGAUAAGAGUUUCUUCCACUUAAGCCCGACUCUGCUGCUUCUCCUUCAGAUUCUCUAUAUCUUUGUGUUGUCUUCCAAAGCUACCCCGCCAUUCCUCGGAGCUUCACACCGCCCAGCAUGGCCGAACUCGCUGUCUUCGACAAAGACCCCAAUAUCUACCUCUUCACAUCCUUGACCGCUGGCUCUUCCCAUAUCAUUACGGCAACGUCGCGUAUCGAGACGAUUCUGAGAGCGAACAAGAUCCCUUUCAUCGGUCUCGACACUGCAACACAUGAAUUGGGCAAGAAGCUGUUCCAGAGGCGGGCAGCUGGCAAGAAGCUCCCGCUGCUGGUCAAGGAGGGAUAUGUACUUGGCGGUAUCGAGGAAAUCGAGGAGUGGAACGAAUACGACGAACUGCACGAAGCACUAGGCGUGGACACAGCCUUUACCGCUUAUCCACCAAAGCCCACAUCUCUCUUCGAGCCUGUACCAAGCAAAACGCCGCCGCCGCUUGCUGAUGCACUACCGGGUGGCUUCUCGUUCGGAUCGUCAGCCGGUCCCGCUUUCGGAUCGUUGGGUGGUAUUGGAGGCAGGGCAAAGGAGAACACCCCUAUUGCGAGCGCAGAGCAGAACCUUGCAAUCAGACAAAUGGGCGCUGAAGCAGCAAAGUUGGCCGCGAGCAAAAAGCCUACACCAGUCAAAAUCUCAACAACAAACCCGUUGUUGACCGAGAAGACAAACGCAAAUAGCCCCGCCAAUAUCCUAAGCCCGAAGUCGACACCGCUACCCAUGUCGCCGAACGCCGAUACAACAGAGAAGAACAAAGUCGAGCCUAAGAAGGCAGAGGCCCCCGAAAUUCUCUCUCCACGCUCAAUACCACUGCCCGAGACACCUACUACCGCCCCGAAGCUAGAACAGCAAAAGCCCAUCCACGCACCGCCGUCGAUGCACGUCGAUGCAGGGAACCCUGCAUUAUCCGCUGGUCCGAUAAAGACUACACAGGCGAAGGAGGAGAGCCCGGAAGAAAGCUCGGAUGAUGAAGAGGAGAGCAGCGAGGACAGCAGCGAGGAGGAAAGCGGCGAAGACUCCACCACGGCAAAGGCGGCAGAGAAGACCCAAGAUCAGGAUCCCAAGGACGCGAGUAAGGUCGGCGAGAGCGUAAAAGAGGGUGAACAGGAAGAAGUAAGCGGCGACCAGAAGAGCGAGGUUUCGGCCAAAGCUGACACCGAGGCAAAGAAAGUGGAGGCUAAGGCUACUGAGACCAAGGAAGCCAAGGCUACUGAGUCCGCGGAGCCCAAGGCUACAACAGAGGGUAAAGAGACUAAGGUUGCAGAGACCAAGGCCGUUGAGUCUACAGAGACUAAACCUACGACAACCAAGGACGAUGUUCCUGCGUCGGAGCCAAAGCAAAGCAGUAGCGAAGAGACAAGCGAGGAAGAAGAAGACAGCGAGGAUGAGGAAGACGACGAGGAGGACGAUGAGAAGAAAGUAGAGCCGAAGAAGGACGAUGUGCUGAAGAAAGAAGAGCCCAAGAAGGACGACGUGCAGAAGACACAAGCCCAGGACGCCAAGGACGCAACGAAGGCUGGUGAGAGCGUCCUGGACUAGUCUCCAAGGCAUGUCUGUAGUAUGGAGGACAGCGAGUGUGUCAGCAUACCAGCAUUCUGGUUUUCAGCGAGCAUGUACUGGCAAUAUGUUUAGUUCAAUAUUACAUCAUCCGC